AUGGCUGACCUCAGAGGUUACUUUGGCUACAAUUUAGAAACCUUUUGUGAUGAAUGUAAACUCGAUGAUCCAACUAUCACACCAACACAAAUUCCAUCAUCGUUCGACUACCCAGUACUAGAUCUAAACGUCGCAUCAAGAUGGAAUGCCGGUGGAUAUAACUACUCCAAUGUAAUCGGUACCUUCAAGAAUAAUGGCACAGAAGAUAUUAUUAAUCCAGUCUGGACAUCAACUCCAAACAUCGUCCCAAUUGGUAUGUUCGGACUCACACAUUCUGUAGUCAACGGUAUCAUUAACUGGCAAUUGUCACCGGGUGGUAAUUAUAAACACGUCAUACAAAGUGGAUUUUCCCAUAGCUUUGCUUUUACAAGCAACUCCAACCUUUUACAUGAAUCAAAUAAAAUUUGA